UAAAUCUUAUUUAUUUUGUUUAGAAAAGAAUGAAUCCACAUUAUAUUAUUUUAGAAGGGUUUGUAAUAAAAGAGAAGGUUUUAAAGUAGAGAAUGCUAGUAGUAUUUGAAUCAUGGUAGUGAUGGAGGCGGGAAUGGGCUUUUGCUUAUCAACAUGUGGACUUUACUCCCUCCCACCAACACACCAAACGUCCCUGAUAACUCCCAAGAGUCAGAACUCAGAACUCAAGACCCGAAGCAACAACAGGCACUUUUUCCUUUGGAACGGGACGGCGAGUAGCGUGACUUUUUUGCUUCCAGCCCGAAUUUCGCCACGAACAGCCCAUCGACAUGGCACCGAAAAAGAUUUGCGUUAUCGGCUCUGGAAACUGGGGAUCCGCUAUCGCGAUGAUCGUCGGCACAAACGCGAUGAAGGCCCUCAACACGUUCAACCAGACGGUCAACAUGUACGUCUACGAGGAAAUAGUCGACGGACAGAAGCUGAGCGACAUCAUCAACAACGAACACGAAAACGUCAAGUACCUGCCAGGGAGGAAAUUGCCAGCAAACGUUGUUGCAGUACCCUCACUUGAAAAUGCUGCAAUGGAUGCUGACAUUCUCAUCUUUGUGAUUCCACAUCAAUAUGUUAAAACAAUAUGCACGUGUUUGAGUGGACUAGUCAAGCCGACAACAAUCGCCAUCUCCCUGAUAAAGGGAUUUGAAAAGACUGAAUCGGGCAGUAUCGAGCUCAUUUCACACUUAAUACACGAUAUGCUCAAAAUAGAAGUGUGUGUACUGAUGGGGGCAAACCUAGCAAAUGAAGUCGCAGACGGGCAGUUCUGCGAGACAACCAUUGGCUGCAAGAACAGAAAAUACAAUGGAAUGUUAAAAGAACUUUUCGAAACACCAUUCUUCAGAGUUAGCAUUGUCGAUGAUGCUGAGACAGUUGAAAUUUGCGGUGCCUUGAAAAACAUCGUUGCUUGCGCUGCUGGGUUUUGCGAUGGAUUGCUACUAGGAGACAAUACAAAGGCUGCAAUCAUUAGACUGGGUCUUAUGGAAAUGAUCAGCUUUGUCAACUUGUUCCACUCGACCUCGCGCCUUUCAACGUUCUUUGAAAGCUGUGGUAUUGCUGAUCUUGUCACCACUUGUUACGGUGGGCGUAACAGGAGGAUUGCCGAGGCUUUUGUCAAAUCAGCGAAACCCCUGGCGGUUUUGGAACGAGACAUGCUGAAUGGGCAAAAGUUGCAAGGGCCAAUCACUGCAGAAGAGGUCAACGUGUUCCUCAAAUAUAAAAAUGCUGAGGAAAGGUUCCCACUUUUCACAACCGUUCACAAGAUCUGCAUAGGUACCAUCAAGGCAGAAAAACUUGUUGACUCCCUUAGAGACCACCCUGUUCACCAGCUUGGCUUGAAAAGCAAUUUGUAAGCCUGGAUUUGACCUCCAACUUGCAAACACCAAAGAGGUAGAGCGUGCGAGUUAUUAACAAGCUGAAAAUGAAGUUGUACCGUUCCUGAAUCAUAGGAACCAAAAGGUACUAGGUAGAAGACAUUGUAAAACUUGUUGUUCGGUUAAGGCGAACUUAAAAAGAAAACAAGCAUCUAUGUUUAAAAUUACUACAAUUAAUGUUAAGAAUUGUGAUUGUAAAUUGUACAUUAGGUUUGUAGUUAGUGGUCAUAAUGUAAUUUGUUCUUUUAGGAAAGUGCCAUCAAAACAAGAAGAAAAUAUAAUAAAAAUUGUAAGACUAAGAAAAAUGUUUUAUCAUAUUGUUUUCAAUUAGAUGUUAGUACUUUAGUUAGACCUGAUCUAAGUCUAUCUUGCUUCUUCAAUAUGACUUUUACAGAAAAGUUUAUCACUUAUACAAUAACAAAUGUGUAUAUUACAUGUACUGAGAAAAUCUGCUAUAUUAGCAUUCUGAUUUUUAAAAAAU